CAAGUACACUGUACAAGAGGGCUAUAUCAUUAUUUGUAACCCGGAUCGCGGAGGAAAGUAUUUGCUCAGUUUUCUCGCCAUGCUUCACAGUUCGAUAUCAAUGUAAUUGCUCUACCUGUCGACAUCUGAGUGAGAGCCCUGUCAGAGAGAUCAUGCAGCAUUUCACCCCAUUAUCCAUGCGCUUCCUUGCGAGACGACUACAGAGAUUUUUGUGGGUUUUUCCAGUACUGAUGUUCGUCUUCCUCGCUUAUCGCCUCCUGACAACAGAAUCAACGCACCCACUUCGCCAGUCACCCAAGCUGGGCCUGCAUCAAGAUAGUGCAGCGCAGGAGGCGAGUAACAACCAGAAGUUCCCCCCGCCAACAGCAGGAGCAGCAGCAAAAGACAUCCUUCUCCACCGUAGGGAUAAAAUGCCUCUAAUAGUACACUUGGACUUGAAGGGUGCUCCGCCUAAGUUUGCCUACCUGCGAGAGUUUCUGCCGUUCCUGAAAAGGCUUGGAGCUGGAGGCCUGCUGGUGGAGUAUGAAGACACGUUCCCGUACAGUGGGCGCUUGGAAGUGCUGCGCUCGCCCCAGUUUAGCUAUUCUAAGGAAGAGAUUAAUGAGCUGGUGCAGCUCGCCCACUCCCUGGACCUUUCCAUUAUUCCCCUGGUGCAGACGUACGGGCACAUGGAAUUUGUGCUGAAGCACCCAGAGUUUGCCAGCCUGCGAGAGGAGCCGAAGAACGACUGGUCGGUGUGCCCGCUGCGGGACGACACCAUUUCCGUUCUGAAAGAGAUGGUAGAUCAGGUGAUGGCGCUGCACCCGCAUACCAAGUAUGUGCACAUUGGCGGGGACGAGGUGGACAACAUGGGCCAUUGCUCGGCGUGUCGGCAGUUCAUUUCGCAGCACAGUCGCGUGGACCUCUACCGGUUCCACCUGCUGAACAUUAUGCAGUACAUCGCUUCUCGUUGGCCGCAUGUCCGGUCUUUGUUCUGGGACGACAUGAUCCGUGGAUGGGAUGUUGAGCACCUCAAGACGUUUGCCCAGUAUGGUGACCCAAUGGUCUGGGGCUAUAUAGAUCACGUGGAGCGGCUCAUUACACCGGCACUGCUGAAGAAGUUCGCUUCGGUGUUUCCCCGCGUGUGGCCGGCAAGCUCUUUCAAGGGAUCAGGCGGAAAGGAUAUAGACUGGGUACCGGUGCAGCACCACAUUAACAAUCACUACUCGUGGAACAGGCUGAUUGAGCAUGGCCUCACCAGCGUCGACUCAAUCGGCGGCUUUGUCCUGACUGGCUGGUCACGCUACAUGCACCACUUUGCCCUGUGCGAGCUGAUGCCCUCUGCCAUUCCUUCGCUGGCACUCUGCCUCGCCGUGGCCUCAGAACACACGCAGCAACUGGCGUCUGACCAGCACACACAGCUAUCGUCGGCGCUGGGUUUUCCCCAAAAGAUUCCCAUCCGCAACGAGCCGCACUUUUCGGACAAUGCUGACGGGCUCUCGUUUCCGGGCAGUGGUGUUUACAGCAUAAUCUUUCGCCAGGCCUUCCUGCUGGCCGAGUACAGCCAGGUGCGGCAGAUCUUUGACGGAAAGGAGCGGGCGCGUGCCUCUGAAGUUUUGUCGAAGAAAGCCGUGAAGCUGAUGGAAGACGCCGAGGCCGAGCUGGGAAAGAUCUACCCGCCGUCCGUGGUGCGGGAAUGGCUUAGCACCAAGCUCUCGCAUGUCCUCCGCGGCCUGCAGGUCAACACGCAGUAGCCGGCCCGUCGACGGCAACGUGACGACCUCAACGUGAGCUGCUGCCUUUCAAGUUUGCACCCGCCACGUGCCGUGGCCUUGCCCGUGUAUACUCUCGCCAUGCCGCCGGUUUAUCGUGUAUAUUCAAACCGGGUGUGUAGAUCCACACGCACACACUCUUGACCAGGGCAUACAGGUUAUCUAUCACUGGCAUGCGAUCAACGCUGAGCGUGUUCGCCGUGUUGGCAUGGCUCGCUCUUUCCCCGUGCCAGGCUGUAACAUUGCGUGUGUUUGCUCACACGGCGCAGCCUGGAGCAAGUUGCUGCACCUACUACCACGUGCAACAAUGUUUGCCUGGGAAUCUAGUUGCAGCUCCGUGCGCUUGGCAAGGCGCUGCCAGCCGGUUUGUUAUUGUGUACGCCGGCACGCUCAAAGUGCUUAUCAGCUGCACAAGUGGUUCCCGAAGAGUCAUGGAUGUUCGGGUUUUCACCAACGCCCAUGUAUUGAUCUAAGUGCUGACCAGGAUUUCGAUCGCCAUUGCAGUACAUGCAGCGCCAUGAGUAUUAGCAUGGCUUAUUUACCUGCUUCGACGCCGUUUCUCACUUGUCAGUUCCCUGUGUUUUCGAGCGGAGCUCCCACGGAGCCUUCAUUCGUUCUUUUCCAGUACUUCUGAGUGCUAAGUAGUGAGUACCUGCUUCUGAUGUUCGCCAUGGACAGGAGCAACUGGGGAUCUGUCCUGUUGGUGCCGCAGUCGGCUUACUUUGAGCAAGCCCCGAACUGAUGGGGGUCUUGACGUAGAUUUCACAUCCACUUUCAUUGCAGGCAUAUAUGCAAUUAUCCCCACCACGCAAACACACAAACACGUAUACCCUACCUACUCCUUAUGCUACCGCAUUGCUAACCCGGCUACUUAAAACUUUCUUCACCGCUAAUCUUAUCAAGGAGUUUUUUUUCCGUUAUUUAUGCUGUGGAUUCUCGCACGACUUCAUUUUUAGGCUGCGGACUUUUUUUGUCAGCACUGAUUCUGCAAGCUGGCUCUUGCAUCGAUUUACUGAUUUCUUACCGCAAUAUCCCGGCAUUCCAUUGUCCAUUAUUGGAAUUGCCGCAGGCAAAUGAAACACAUUUGUGAUA